GCUACAAAAUUACGUAAGCUGCCAUCCGGGAGCACAUCUAUCGAUGUUCACGUUAUUCCAAUCCUUUGAAGUCGGGUAGCCAUUUUUCUAGAAUUUGUACUGUGAAUUCUGUGUCUUAAAGACCCAAUAAAAAGGCAACAUGGCUGAUGCAGCGACUCCUAAGCGUCAUAUGAAAUUUCCAUACACCUUUACGGCAAAAAUGGUUCAAUUCCCAUACAAAUAUUACAUCAAUAACUGCUGGCCAUAUAAAUAUUACUUGAUCAGUGUUCUCCUUGUUUCUCCACUUUUUGUAAAGAUCACUAGUGCAGUGAACAGUCCCGCGAACAAGGCAAAAUGGUAUGAAAUCAGGAAAAAAGAACUGGAACCACAUCAUUAAAUUGAAUAUCUAAAACCACUUAAUAGUUUAACUGUAAAUUAUGUAACAUUCAAGAUAUAUUAUGAAACUCAUAGUUCACUGAAUUGUUACUAUGAAU